AUGGCGCCACAUCAUCUUUCUAUCUCACAAAGACGAAAGUCCGUGCAGGAUUUUCAUUCACGGAAGCAUCCAAUCACCGAAAAGAUCAAACACUUUAUCACACGAUUGGGUAAAGAUGGUGACACAAUUCCACCAGAAAAGCAACCGUCGCACGAACCCAGUACUGUGUUCAAUACUUCGGAUUUGGCAGAAAAGCGGCAUUUCCUGCUCCAUCAAGACCUUCCGCCGAUUGAUACCUGUCUACGCACAACCUCCUGCUGCCCCUCUAGCGCAGAAAUGAGGGCCCUUGAGGAUCGCAUCGAGAAUGCCGAAUUUGCUGGAGUCUCCAGAGGGCCCACUGCCCGCGACACUCAAGUUAUCCUACGGAUAAGAGGCAUUCAUGGCCAAGUUCAGUCAGUUCUGUGUCCAUGGCAGGACUUCAAAAGUACUGUGGCACAUAACAAUCUGAUCAGCCAUGAAGAACGGCGCUACAUCGAGAACAAAUAUUUGUUUGAAUGA